GUCAGGCUCUUUGUCUUUAAAAGGCUAGAAAGGCUGAGGUGGGGAGGCGGGGUCAGCACCGGCGGGGCGUGCCAAAAAAACCCAAAAAACAAAAAACCCAAACCCUGCCCUUCCCGCGCUACCCGAGCUCAGCGGGAGUUUGCUGCGUGAACCGCUUCAAGAGCCAACGAAUGAAUGAGCCUCCUACUGGGCUGGGGGCCUCGCGGCCCCGCGGGGUUACGAAUCUGGCGGACGCUCCGGGCAUCCUGGGGCGCGCUGGGUCCUUUCCGCGCAAGCCGGGACGCGGGGCUCCCCUGGCUCCUGGCACCCGGAAUCCAGCGGUGGCGGGGGCGGCAGCGGGGGCGAGGGCGAGCGGAAGCCGAGGCGGCGCUCCCGAGAACAGCCCGGCAGUUGAGAACCUGGACUGUGAGCCCUGGGUCAGAGAGAAAGUGCUCUUUCUUCUGCACCCAGAGAGAUGGUUGGGGACUCAAGGGGACACUGCACGGGAAGAACUGGUCGGUGGGGAGGACCUUUUCCAGGCAGCCGGAGACGACCGGGAACCCGACUACCCGUCUCUCUUUCCCCGAGAAAAGCGAAUUUCUGGCAGCCGUGUAGACGCUCCGUUCAGAGCCCUGCCGCGGGACCCCGCAGCCCCACCCAAGUCCGUGCUCGUGCGGAUUGUGGACUAUCAGAUGACAAAAGAAGUUUUAUGGACCGAAUGGACGAAGGGCCACAUGACCGCACGGACCGAGGAGCACUCCUUGAGCGCGAUCACUUUUCGCACCAACAGGGAGUGAAGCACGAAGCUGUAGGGCGCCAGGACCCCGGAGAAGCCCCGGCUGUCCCCGCACAGGGAGAGGCGCCCCGCGACCACGCUGCGGGGAGAUCACCGCACGGUCCCCAAGGACUGGAUUGCCGGAGGAUAUGAAACAGGAAAGAGGAGCCUGAGGAAUGUUGCGGGCUGGUGGAUGAGCAAUAAUCCUUAAGAAAAUGCUCUUCCGGGAACGCCAACCUGUAAUUAACCAACAGCAGGGACCUUUUAAGAGGCUGGGGCAGCCCUUCAGGGAGGCAGAUGACACCCAGACAGAAUGAAGAUCUGUGAGCAACACAAUACCUCCUUUGUGUCUUACAUACUGUGACGGUCUGGGGGCCUAAGUCGCUGGGAGAGGGGAAGGAAAGGUUUUUCUUGAUCCAAGCAGAACCCGGUUGUGUGAGGAACCUGAGGAUUCUCUUCCCAUUCACAGUGUCCUGGGAGUGAAUCCAAAGUGAAAUCCAAGUGUCCCCAAAAUGAAGAAAUCGCUCAGAAUGUCUGGGUCUUUGCUCUUUGGUCUUACUCCCACUUUGCAGAAAAAUGUGACCAUCAAAAAUUGCCUUCGGUGGAUGAAUCAUAGCAAGGACUUCCAGAAGCCACCUGGCCACUCAAGCGACCGACCAUAAGGCAAAUACCACACAACCACCAUGAGACAAGCGUUGACCUCUCUGAAAUCUUUGUCCACAACGUCCACUACCUUGAUUCGUUACAUUUGACUUGCUGUUCUUAUUCUUGUGGGUUAUCACCAAUACUUAAUGUGCUUUUUUGCUUAUGAAAAAGGAGAAAGACGGGGGCGCCUGGGUGGCUCAUUCCUUAAGCGUCCGCCUUCGGCCCAGGGCGUGAUCCCAGGAUUCUGGGAUCGAGCCCCACAUCAGGCUCCUCCGCUAGGAGCCUGC